CUGUCGGACGCUUGCUGCAUACCGGGUUCGUAAUUUCUUCGGAGCUCCCUUGCUGGUUUCGUGCGCAUCGGCAUUCGCAAAAGUUUGCAGCACUGCUGUGUGGUCAGCACGAAGCUUAAAUGGGGCGCAGAGAUCCAUACGAGGGCGAUGCGCCGUCGGGCCCGGGCGGCGCCUUCAAGAUGAUGUCGCUGCUGGGCCACUCGCGCCACCAGUCGUCGGGGACCGUGGGCUUCUUCAUCAAGAGCCUGUCGGUGUCGGCCUGCAGCAGUGUGGUGUUCGGCAUCAGCAGCUACAUGUGCUUGUCCUGGGCACUGGGGCCCGUGCUGCCCUUCCUGGGCGGCUCGGCGUUUGGGUUCGUGGGCGGGCUGGUGCACCGCUACCGCGUGGACCUAGACGAGGCCCGACUGAUGACCGUUCGCUACCCCCGCGUCAUAGAGCACCACGUCCGACAGGUCGAGCCAAUGGAGCUCACCUCCACCCCCGGCGGCUUUGAGGCCUGGCUGGCGGGCGUGCCUGGCUCCCUCAAGCGGCAGGGGGUGCUGGUGGCGGCGCUGUACUCGGCCGCCGACACCAUCAGCAAGCUGCAGGACGAGGAGGAAGAGCGAAUUCUGGAGGAAAGCUACCGUGGAAGGGAGGCUGCAGCAGCAGCAGCAGACGAGUAAGGUGGCGGCGCUGCGGCAUCAGGAGGUGGGUACAGGUGUGGUGCGGCGGCGGCAGAAGACGAGGCAGGGGUAGUGGUGGCCACGGUUCUGACAGGGAGUUUUGAUAAUGCGAGGGAGGACAGCGCAACAGCAUUCAGCUCGCUACUAGCUGAGUUCGCCCCAGCCUCGGGCGCUCGGUUUUACGAUCAGCACUGCCGUAUGCGCAACCCUGGGUCACGGUAAAGCUGUACUGGUAAUACUGAGAGGGGCCCGGGCAGUCUCCUGGCGCGGGCAACAUCUUUCCAUGAUCGUCGAUGCCUGUGCUGGGUGCAAUUUGUUCCUCGGGACUCAACUAUACUAUCCGCUUGCUCCCUUUGCCAUGUCCCUGCCGGCGCUGGGGCACAUUGCGCGCGAGCGUGUGCGGACGGGCUAGGUGUACGUGUGUGGGGGCACGCGCGGAAGGUGUGCGACUUUCAUUUUUGGUUGUGGGCACUGUGCAUCAUUGCGGGGCGGUCCUGAUGACGGGCGUGUGAGCCUGCGUGCACUUCAUGCUCGUAUGUGGUUGAAAUCGUGAUGCGUGGUUGGUGGAUGAGGACGAGGGUACUGGAACCGUGACUGGAACGCGCGGGAACGCGUAUGCAAGUCCCACCAGGUCCCACACGUUGAAGGUAUCGCGUGCGCCGCGAACUGCAUUCAUACUGGCGUGAGCACACACUGCAUGCUGAACUAUUAUUGGUUGGUUGAUUGCGCGUGUCACGGAGAAUGGGCCUGAGACCAGUACGGGCGGGGUUGCUGCACGGCUGAAAGGGGACCUGGGUAUGCCUCAGAGCUGGACCCGCUCUUGACCUUACAACAGUCAACUUGCUGUAAAUGCUGAGCUCU